UGUUUGGCAACAACACCGUGUCUCUUGUGUAAUUGCUGCUGAUAAUAUUAUCGAUUUUUCUUUUAGGAAAACAAACAUCCCUCUUUUUAACCGAGCACAGACUGGACAUCGGUCCCUUUUACUUUUGACAACACACCGGGCCAACAUGAUGGUUGGAUUCCGCUCUUGUCUGGUGGUCCGGUGGCUGGCACUGGCCGCCGUUCUGGGCACAGUGUUCGGGCUCGGCGAGGAUCUCGACCGGCCUUUGUUCGGGCCUCCCGGCUCUCCUAUCCGGCUGCAUGAGUCCGACCCCGGCCUGAAGAAGGCUCUGGAGUUCGCCGAGGAGCGCUACAACCGGGGCUCAAACGCAAUGCACCUCCGCAGGGUCAGCCGGCUCAUCUCCGCAACCAAACAGCUGGUUAAGGGAAUCCGCUACACUAUAACAGUGGAAGUGAGUAACACUCAGUGUAAGAAAUCCACCAUGCUCAGGACAUGUGACUUCUAUCCCGAGUCACAGAAACUCAAGACGGAGCUGUGCAUGUUCGAGGUGUGGGAUGUUCCCUGGCAGGGCACUUCGACUCUGCUCAAACAGAAGUGCCAGCCUAAAGUUGAAGUAGAAGAGACCAACAAGGUGGAGGAUUCGUCCACCAGCCAGUCGCCGGAGGAGUCUGUGGAGCUGCUGGGACAGUUCAAAGAGUUCAUGGCUAAAUACAAUAAGGUUUACAGCAGCCAGGAGGAGGCAGACCGUCGCUUGCGCAUCUUCCACGAGAACCUCAAGACCGCUGAGAAGCUCCAGUCUUUGGAUCAAGGUUCAGCUGAAUAUGGAGUCACCAAGUUCAGUGACCUCACUGAGGAGGAGUUUCGCUCUACAUACCUGAACCCGCUGCUGAGCCAGUGGACUCUCCAGCGACCAAUGAAACCAGCCUCUCCUGCCCGUGGCCCUGCCCCUGCCAGCUGGGAUUGGCGGGAUCAUGGAGCUGUCAGUCCCGUUAAGAACCAGGGUAUGUGUGGAUCCUGCUGGGCGUUUUCUGUGACAGGCAACAUUGAAGGCCAGUGGUUCCUGAAAAAUGGUGCAUUGCUGUCACUUUCUGAACAAGAGCUGGUUGACUGUGAUGGGCUGGACCAGGCGUGCAGAGGAGGGCUGCCAUCAAAUGCCUAUGAAGCCAUUGAGAAACUGGGUGGUCUGGAGACAGAGACUGACUACACUUACACUGGACAGAAGCAGAGGUGCGACUUCACCACAAGGAAAGUGGCCGCCUAUAUCAACAGCUCUGUGGAGCUGUCCAAAGAUGAGAAGGAAAUUGCAGCUUGGCUCGCUGAGAAUGGACCAGUCUCUGUUGCUCUGAAUGCCUUUGCAAUGCAGUUCUACAGGAAGGGUGUUUCUCACCCUUUUAAGAUCUUCUGCAACCCCUGGAUGAUCGACCACGCUGUGCUGAUGGUGGGAUAUGGAGAACGUAAAGGAAUGCCAUUCUGGGCCAUCAAAAACAGCUGGGGGGAGGAUUAUGGAGAGCAGGGUUACUACUACCUAUACAGGGGGUCCAAUGCAUGUGGGAUCAACAGGAUGUGCUCAUCUGCUGUAAUCAAUUAAACCACAUACCACAGCUACCAGCUGGCCAUACCUCUACAAAACUCAUAUGCACAUUUGAUCCAGAAUGCAUGAAGAGUGUCACAGUCAGACACACAUAAAGUCCUGCUGAAGCUACUUCUCUGUUAAACCAGACUAGUGUUGCACCUUCAUACCUACCAGCUGGUGACACUUUACCAUAAAUACAAUAAAUACCAGCUCUGAUAAAGCUAGUUUUACUAAGAAAUCUUAUCAUGGUCAUUUUAAAAGUACAUAUUUUGUGCACAUUUCAUUCCGUUAGUGCUGCAGGUCAUAAUGACUGCUGUAUUUUAGGCAGUAUUUACAGUAUUUUUAACUCAACUUUCCUCACAGAAACUGAGCCCAUCUUUGAUAAGGUAUGUGUACGAAUUGUUGCUAGACUUAUGUCUUGUCAGUUGUCUUGUUGCCAGUGUUUGUGCUAAUAUUAUGUCAUGUUUGAGAUGGGCUUUUGAAAGUUGGGGGGGUUUUCCAUAUAGUGGUUUGCACAAUUACAACAGAACUGUAGUGCAAUUGUAAUAACAGUGUGAAAUGAAUGAAGUUUGAAUAAAAAAGUGUGGAAUCCUA